AUGAUCUUUGAACACUGUUCUUCUUCUGUCGUGACGACCACCACCUUCACCACCGUCCUCCCAGACCUAGGCUCGACGUCGUGCAAUAUCUACGUUGCGACCGCCAACAUGUCAUUCUUCACAUGGGUCAAGGACGUGAUCGGCUUCGGCACACUGCCGAGUCCACCCUACUCACCAGCUCAACUCUAUUCUAUCGUGCUGGCGAGCUUUAAAGCUUGGCCGUUCCUCAUCCCCGUGCUCUCGCUUAUCAACGCUCCGCACGGUCGCUUCGCCUUCGACAGCCUGCUCAACAUCAACGGCAACCUGGGCUGGUUCAUCAUGGAGAUCCCUUCGCCUAUCUUUGUGCUGCUCGGAGCGUUGUCCAAGCCGCUCUCGACGACGGUGGUCAAGUCGACGUCGGCCGGUGGAAUCCUGCCCCCCCUGUCGGCCCUCUUCUCGCCGUCAAUAAAGCAAUUCUUCGCUCUGCCGUCGGCGAACCAGGCGCUGGUGGUGAUGUUCUUGGUUCACUAUUCGCACCGAGCAGUGCUGCAACCGCUGAGAUCGCCGAAGCGCUCACCUCUGCACAUCUCGGUGCCGCUCUCUGCGUUGGCGUUCAACCUGAUCAACGGGUUUGUGAUGGGUAGCUGGCUUGGUGGAAGGACUCCCUGGUCGGCGCUGCCGCAACCUGCUGUCGCUUCGGCUGCUCUCACCGCCGUCGGUGCGAAGGUCGGCGGCACAGCGUCGUCGGUAGCUGCAUCGGAGCUGGCCCGAAAGCUCGUCUCCACCGGAGCAGCAGAUGUACUCGGCGUCGGCUCACCCGGCCUGAUCUCCAACUCGGUCUGGAAGAGCCCUCUCUGGUACCUCGGGCUGGCAGGCUGGGCCAUCGGAUUCGCCGGCAAUGUCAUCCACGACGAAAUCCUCAUGGACAUCCGUCGACCCAACAAACAAACGCAACGGGCCAAAACCCCAUCUAAUGACACCAACGUAGGCAAAGGCAGCUCGGCACGCAAAUACUCCAUCCCGCGCGGUGCACUGUUCGAGUACAUCUCGUUCCCCAACUACCUCUGCGAGUGGUUCGAGUGGUUCUCCUUCGCCUUUGCUGCCCUAUACUCUCUACCCAUAUUCAAGCAUCUCACCGCCAAAGAUGCGCUCGCAACAGCGCUCUCUACACCGCCGUUCCUGUUCCCCUUCGUGCUCGUCUGCCUCAUGGCCCCCAGAGCAACCAACGGUCACAAGUGGUACAAAAAGACGUUCGGAGACAAGUUCCCGCGGAAGAGAAAGGCCAUCAUCCCUUUCGUCUUCUGA